AUGGCAUCAGCAGCUCAUCAUACUUCAAAGUUUUCGAGGUAUUUACAAUCUGAAACUGGACCAAAGACAGUGCACUUUUGGGCACCAGUUCUCAAAUGGUGCUUAGUGAUAGCGGGCAUCAAUGAUCUCCAAAGACCAGUAGACAAAUUAAGUGGUACUCAACAAGUUGCAUUGUUUGCAACAGGAGCUAUAUGGACCAGAUGGGCAGGAUUUGUUAUCAAGCCUCGUAAUGCUUUAUUGGCUAGUGUCAACUUCUUCUUAGGUGGUGUUGCAGGCUAUCAACUCUACAGAAUUGUCGACUGGAGAGUGAAAUGUGGUGAUUCUACAGCACAAGUAUUUAAGUAUCUUGCCAAGGGUUCUGAUGAUGCUACACCAGUUGACCCUAAGAAAUCUUAG